AGGAACUCCGUUCAACUGAUUUAGGAAACCCCGAACUCCUGCAGCGCCCUCUCUACGUUGCACUCUCUGUUGGCAUUACCUGAUCGUUGAUCACCGUUACUCACUAGAUCAACACAAAGAUGUCUGGAGGUUUAGACGUACUCGCCCUCAAAGAAGAGGAUGUAACCAAAUUCUUAGCCUGUUCAACCCAUCUGGGUGCAAACACAUCUGAUUUUCAGAUGGACGCCUACGUUUACAAGUGCAAGAGUGAUGGUGUUAACAUCAUCAACUUGCGCAAGACUUGGGAGAAGCUCCUCUUAGCUGCCCGUGCCAUUGCAGCCAUUGAGAACCCUGCUGAUGUCUGUGUCAUCUCAGCCAGGCCGUACGGUCAGCGAGCUGUCCUCAAGUUUGCCUCUGCCACUGGAGCCACUCCAAUUGCUGGUCGAUUCACCCCUGGUACAUUCACCAAUCAGAUCCAGGCUGCUUUCCGUGAGCCUCGUCUCCUGGUUGUGACCGAUCCCCGUACUGACCACCAGCCCGUACAGGAGGCAUCUUACGUCAACAUCCCUGUAAUUGCUCUGUGCAACACUGACUCGCCAUUGAAGUAUGUGGACAUCGCCAUCCCAUGCAACAACAAGGGUCCCCACUCCAUUGGUCUCAUGUGGUGGAUGCUUGCCCGUGAGGUUCUUCGCCUACGUGGUUCCAUCAGCAGAGAAGUUCCAUGGGACGUCAUGGUCGAUUUAUACUUUUACAGGGAUCCUGAAGAGGCUGAAAAGGAAGAGCAAGCUGCUCAGGUGGAGAAGACGGCUGUGAAGGAAGCUGACUACGGCCAGGAGAACUGGGCCCCUGAUCCAAUCCCAACAGCAGGUCCAACUGAAGUUGGUGACUGGGCUAGCGAUGCUCAAGCUGUUGCCCCAGUUGCUAUUGGAGGAUCAGCAUUUGGAGCACCAUCUGCCACUGAAGAUUGGGGAGCAACUGAAACCGACUGGGGCACGUCUGCUGUCCCAGCCGCUGGUGCCGCUGCGGUUCCAAGUGUCCCUGUGGCUCCUCCUGCUCAAACUGAAUCAUGGGGUGGUGGUGCCGGUGAGACCUGGGGAUAGACACUUUAUCAGAAUGUAACUGAAGCCCAAGUUGUUCAGUUAUGAACAAAUAAAAGAAAGAAAAACAGGCCAA